AUGGGAGAUUCUGUUGCCUGUGGCAUCAUCAUGAAGAAUAUCUCCAUUUGCCCAGAAAUGCCCUUCAAAGACAGCAAGACACUUCUAGUUGCUGUUUAUAGCAUUGUUUUUGCCAUAGGACUUCCAGCAAAUUGCUUAACUUCCCUGCUUACGUUUGUACAAAUCCAAAGGAAUAAAGUAAUAGCCAUCUACAUUUUCAGUUUAUCAUUGUGUGAACUGAUGUAUUUGAGUACCUUGCCUCUCUGGAUUAUCUAUGUCCAUGAUGAGCAUCACUGGAAAAUGGGUCUAAGUGCUUGCAGAGUUACAGGAUUCAUCUUUUUCUGCAACAUAUACAUCAGCAUUCUGCUCUUGUGCUGCAUUUCUGUGGAUCGUUAUGUGGCAUUGGUGUAUGCUUUGGAAUCAAGGGGCAAAAGGGGACAGAGAAAAGCAAUCCUAAUAGUAUGUUUUCUCUUUGCUAUAGUUGCAAUAAUCCACAGCCCCGUAUUUUCUAUGGAAGAUAAUCCACCGGAUCUGAAUAACGUGACCUGCUUUGAAACUUUCCCCCUUGACACAAAAUUGGCUUCUUUCAAUUUUGCCAGAUUUCUGUUUGGAUUUGCCAUACCUUUCACAAUCCUCAUUUUCACAAACUACAAAAUUUUCCAAAGUACAAAAACAAGCACCAGCUUGAGCUGUCACCAAAAAGCCAAAGUGAAGUAUCUGGCUAUCGCCAUUAUUGUCAUUUUCCUGAUCUGCUUUGCUCCCUACCAUGUGGUACUUCUAAUAAGAUCCAUCUACUUUAUGUUUCAUCAAAGUUGUUCAUGUCCAUUUGAAAGAGAUAUAUAUUCAGUUUUUACAGUAUUUCUGUGUUUAUCCACUGCAAACAGCAUUGCUGAUCCAAUCAUCUAUGUGUUGGUUAGUGAAAAUGUCAGAAAAGAUUUCUACGGGAAUCUGAGAAGAUGGAGAUUGAACUCAUCCAAGCUGAAUUCAUCCAUUAAUCACAGGACUGAGAGUGGCAAAUUGAAAAUGGAAAAAGAAUCACAGGAAGGAGAACAGAGAGAAGAAAACAAAGUACCAAAUUCAUCUGACAUUCAGAAGACCUGUAAUAAUGGCAACGACCAAGCAGAUGGUAGCUAG